AUGAAUCGACUCUUGCUGUGCCUAUUCUUGGCUUUCACAUUCGACAUCGUGAUGAGCCAGUUCUACCUAACCACCUGUGCCAGAAUGGAUGUACCUUUUCUGAGAGAAGCUGCAACAGUUUUAUGCGUCGCAUCCUGCAGAUUUCAGAACUGCGGCACUGGAAUCUGUGAGAAGCGUAACGGACGAAACACAUGCAUAUGCUGUAGGUGUGCUAAUGGUGGAAAUGUUCCUCUCGAAGAUCUGGUUGAGGGAAGAGGAGGAAAAUAA